CUCUGUGUGCGUGUAUGUGUGUGUGUCUUUACCACACACACACACACACAUGCACAUCUUUGUACUCAUCCAUGCUGGAUUAGAACCUCUUAUUAUUGUUUUCCUUUUGGGGUGCUUUUCUUGGGGAUGUAAACAAAGGGCCCCCGGGGACCCUCACGGCCGCCGCCAUGAGCGAGGAGGUUCGGGAAAAGGCGGCGGGCAAGUCGGCUCAACGCAAGAAGAAAGGAAAGAAGACGGACGUGAAUGCUUGUUACCUACGAGCAGCUCGCGCCGGCAACUUGGAGAAAGCGUUGGACUACUUGAAGAAUGGCGUGGACAUCAACAUUUGUAAUCAGAAUGGUCUCAACGCGCUACACUUGGCUUCCAAAGAGGGCCAUGUGGAGGUGGUGGCCGAGCUCCUUCAGCAGGGAGCCAACGUGAAUGCUGCCACCAAGAAAGGCAACACGGCGCUGCACAUUGCGUCUCUCGCCGGCCAGAUGGAAGUGGUGAAAGAGUUGGUGACGCACAACGCUAACAUCAACGCGCAGUCGCAGAAUGGCUUCACGCCACUGUACAUGGCGGCGCAGGAGAAUCACCUGGAAGUGGUGCACUACUUGCUGGAACACGGAUCCAGUCAGAGCAUCGCCACCGAGGAUGGUUUCACUCCGCUAGCGGUGGCGCUGCAGCAGGGCCACGAUCAGGUGGUGUCCCUGCUCCUGGAGAACGACACCAAGGGCAAGGUGCGCCUCCCCGCGCUUCACAUCGCCGCCAGGAAGGACGACACCAAGGCCGCCGCCCUUCUUCUGCAGAGUGACCACAACGCCGACGUGGAGUCGAAGAUGAUGGUGAAUAGAACAACAGAGAGCGGCUUCACGCCUCUCCACAUCGCCGCUCACUACGGCAACAUCAACGUGGCCACGCUGCUGCUCAACAGAGGCGCCGCCGUGGACUUCAAGGCACGGAAUGACAUCACGCCACUGCACGUGGCCUCCAAGCGUGGGAACGGCAACAUGGUGCGCCUCUUAGUGGAGCGAGGAGCUAAGAUAGAAGCACGGACUAAGGACGGCUUGACGCCGCUACACUGCGGAGCCCGCAGCGGCCAUGAGCAGGUGGUGGAGAUGUUGCUCAGCAGAAGCGCUCCCAUUCUCUCCAAAACCAAGAACGGUCUGUCGCCGCUCCACAUGGCGACCCAAGGCGACCACCUCAACUGCGUGCAGCUGCUCCUGCACCACGACGCACCCGUGGACGACGUGACCAACGACUACCUGACGGCGCUGCACGUCGCCGCCCACUGCGGGCACUACAAGGUGGCCAAAGUCAUCGUGGACAAAAAAGCCAACCCCAAUGCCAAGGCUCUGAAUGGUUUCACGCCGCUGCACAUCGCCUGCAAGAAGAACCGGGUCAAGGUGAUGGAGCUCCUGCUCAAGCACGGCGCCUCCAUACAGGCUGUCACUGAGUCCGGCCUGACUCCCAUCCACGUCGCGGCGUUCAUGGGACACGAAAACAUCGUCCACCAGCUCAUCAACCACGGCGCCUCACCUAACACCAGCAAUGUGAGAGGGGAGACUGCGCUUCACAUGGCUGCAAGGGCGGGACAAUCCAACGUGGUGCGCUAUUUGGUCCAGAACGGCGCACGAGUCGAUGCCAAGGCCAAGGACGAGCAGACGCCGCUUCACAUCACGAGUCGUCUGGGCAAGCUGGACAUUGUCCAACUGCUGCUCGCCAACGGGGCGUCGCCCGACACCACCACCAGCUCCGGGUACACGCCCCUCCACCUGGCCGCCCGGGAGGGUCACCGAGAGGUGUCGGCGACGCUGCUGGACCAAGGAGCCAGUCUGGGCAUCACUACAAAGAAGGGCUUCACUCCGCUCCACGUGGCGGCGAAAUACGGCAAGCUGGAGGUGGCCAACCUCCUGCUGCAAAAGAACGCCGCGGCGGAUGCCGCAGGCAAGAGUGGACUAACUCCACUGCAUGUGGCUGCGCACUACGAUAACCAGAAGGUGGCGCUGCUGUUGCUCAAGCAAGGAGCUUCACCGCAUGCCUCGGCCAAGAACGGCUACACGCCACUGCACAUCGCUUCUAAGAAGAACCAACUGGAGAUCGCCACCACGCUGCUGGAGUACGGCGCGUCCACCAACAGCGUGACGCGGCAGGGCAUCACACCGUUGCACCUAGCCUCGCAGGAGGGCAACGUGGACGUCGUGACGCUUCUACUGGCGCGGGACGCUUCGGUCAACGCCGGCAACAAGUACGGCUUGACCCCGCUCCAUCUGGCUGCCCAGGAGGAUAAGGUCAACGUGGCUGAGGUUUUGGUCAACCAUGGAGCCACCAUAGACCCCGAGACCAAGUUGGGCUACACUCCUCUCCACGUGGCCUGUCACUACGGCAACGUAAAGAUGGUCCACUUCCUGUUGAAAAACCAGGCCAAGGUCAACGGUAAAACCAAGAACGGCUACACUGCGCUUCAUCAAGCCGCCCAGCAGGGACACACACACAUUAUCAAUCUGCUGCUGCAUCAUGAAGCGUCGCCCAAUGAGCUCACCACGAAUGGGAAUAGUGCUCUGUCCAUUGCCAGAAGGUUGGGCUACAUCUCCGUGGUGGACACCCUGAAAGUGGUCACAGAGGAGACGCUGACCACGCAGACGGUCACCGAGAAGCACAAGAUGAACGUUCCAGAGACCAUGAACGAGGUGCUGGACAUGUCAGACGAUGACGCCUGUAAGGCCAAUGCUCCCGAAAUGAUCACAGAGGACUAUUUGUCCGAUGUUGAUGAAGAGAUGGAUUGCGAAAGCAUCUGCAUCAGCUAUUCGUGCGACGACGCCAUGACGGGGGAUACGGAUAAAUACCUGGCGCCGCAGGACCUUCGGGAGCUCGGCGACGACUCGCUGCCGCAGGAGGGUUACAUGGGGUUCAGCGUGGGGGCACGCUCGCAGAGCCUGCGUUCCUUCAGUUCUGACAGGUCCAACGCGCUCAACCGCAGCUCCUUCACGAGGGACAGCAUGAUGAUUGAAGAGAUGUUGGCGCCCAGUAAAGAAAUGCGUUUGGCGAUGGCUAAAGACUGCGACAACGACUCGCUUAAGAGAUACAGCUGGACGCCGGACGCCAUGGACAACGUCAAUCUGGUCUCCUCGCCGGUCCACUCCGGGUUCCUGGUGAGCUUCAUGGUGGACGCCCGCGGCGGAUCCAUGCGAGGCAGCCGCCACAACGGAAUGCGCAUCAUCAUCCCGCCCAGGAAGUGCACGGCGCCCACGCGCAUCACCUGCCGCCUGGUCAAGCGGCACAAGCUAGCGUCGCCGCCCCCCAUGGUGGAGGGGGAAGGUCUGGCUAGCCGGCUGGUGGAGGUGGGCCCGGCAGGAGCGCACUUCCUGGGGCCGGUGAUCGUGGAGAUCCCCCACUUUGGUUCCAUGCGAGGACAAGAGCGAGAACUGAUCUUUCUGCGAAGCGAGAACGGAGAAACCUGGAAGGAGCAUCUGUACGACUGCAAGACCGAGGAGCUCCGCCAGCUCCUCAACGGCAUGGAUGAAGAACUGGACAGUGCAGAGGAGUUGCAAAGGAAGAGGAUCUGCCGCAUCAUCACCAAAGAUUUCCCACAGUACUUUGCCGUGGUGUCCCGCAUCAGACAGGAAACGCAUCAGAUGGGACCCGAGGGCGGGACUGUGUGCAGCCGGAGCGUCCCAUUGGUUCAGGCCUCCUUCCCCGAGGGGGCGCUUACCAAAAAGAUCAAAGUUGGCCUUCAGGCUCAGCCGGUACCCGACGAAACUGUGAAGAAGAUCCUCGGCAACCGUGCCACCUUCAGCCCCAUCGUGACGGUGGAGCCCAGACGGAGGAAGUUCCACAAGCCCAUCACCAUGACCAUCCCAGUCCCGCCGCUUUCGGGCGAGGGCCUUUCCAACGGCUACAAAGGAGACUGCACACCUUGCCUCCGCCUUCUCUGCAGCAUCACAGGUGGAACAUCGCCGGCACAGUGGGAAGACAUCACCGGCACGACUCCCCUCACCUUUGUCAACGACUGCGUGUCUUUCACAACCAACGUUUCAGCACGGUUCUGGCUGGCCGACUGCCACCAAAUCCCAGAGACGGUGGGCUUGGCCUCGCAGUUAUACCGGGAGUUAAUCUGCGUGCCCUACAUGGCCAAGUUUGUUGUCUUUGCCAAAAUGAACGACCCGGUGGAGUCCAGGCUGAGGUGCUUCUGUAUGACCGACGACAAAGUGGACAAGACCCUGGAGCAGCAGGAGAACUUUGAGGAGGUGGCCAGGAGCAAAGACAUUGAGGUCCUGGAGGGUCGUCCCAUUUAUGUGGAUUGCUAUGGAAACUUGACUCCUCUGACCAAAAGCGGUCAGCAGUUAGUUCUCAACUUCUACGCUUUCAAAGAAAACCGCUUGCCGUUCUGCGUCAAGGUUCGAGACCCCAGCCAGGAGCCGUGCGGCCGUCUCACCUUUCUCAAAGAGUGUAAGAGCACAAAAGGCCUGCCGCAAACGGCAGUGUGCAACUUGAACAUCACGUUACCCGCCGCCAUAAAGACUGAAAAGCCCGAGCGACGUCAUACCUUUGCCUCACUAGCCUUACGUAAGCGCUACAGCUAUCUGGCCGAGCCUGCACUGAGUCCUCAGAGUCCCUGCGAGAGGACGGACCUCCGCAUGGCCAUUGUCGCUGACCAUCUGGGACUCAGCUGGACGGAGCUGGCCCGGGAGCUGGACUUCUCAGUGGAGGAGAUCAACUCUAUCCGAGUGGAGAACCCAAACUCCCUGACGGCCCAGAGCUUCAUGCUGCUAAAAAAAUGGGUGCACAGGGACGGUAAAAACGCCACAACGGACACUUUAACGGCGGUGCUGAAUAAGAUCAAUCGCUUGGAUAUUGUGACUUUGCUGGAAGGGCCCAUAUUUGACUACGGUAACAUUUCAGGCACUCGCUGCUUUGCCGAUGAUAACGCAGUAAUCCCGGAUCAGUGCGAUGGAUAUCACCAAAUAGACGCGGAGCUGCGAACUCCCCCUGAGCUCAACUGCGCUCCCCCCACCCCGCUGUGCUCCGACGACUUUUUCCGCAAAGGCGGCGAUGGCGUAGUAGACUCCCCUAGCAGGCCUAGCGAGCUCCUCCUGGUGGGCAACCCCCCCUUGGUGCGCGUGGAGGACACCAGCGAGUCGCCCGACAACGACAGAAGGGCGGCUCAGCGGCGAACCAUGUUUGAGGGCGCUUACGCCCCCUAUGAGAGGCAGGGAGGGCGCCCGGAAGAGGAGGAGGAGGAUGAGGAGGAUGAGAUGACCCAGGAGAGGCUGCAGAGUCUCCUGGAGGACAUCAAACUGGAGGAGGAAGGCCUGGAGGACGAGGAGAUGACGGAGGAGAAGGUGCAUGCCAUCCUGGAGCAAGUGCGGCAGGCAGAAAAAGACUUUUGCUCACUUCCAGGCUGGAGCGAAAGCGACGCGGUAGCCGCUGGAGAUGAAGCGACGGCGGAGCCCGGCCACGCCGUGGAGGAGAGCAGUCCUGAUAGUCUGGCCGACUCGCUGGAACAGCCGGCUCCGAGCAGCAAGAAAGAAGAAGAGGAGCAAGGAGGCGACCGGUCGGCUCGUAGAGUCCAGUGGGCGCAAAAUGUCCAGUGUGAGCAUGUCUUUGAUGAUGAUGAGGAAGUGGAGGAAGAGUUGGAAGCGGAAGAGUCCAGCUCUGAGGAGACCACUGUAACCACAAGGGUGUUUCGCAGGCGGGUUAUAUUGAAGGGAGAGGAGGCUCGGAAUGUUCCCGGAGAGUCGGUGACAGAGGAGCAGUUCACUGACAGCGACGGCAAUCUGGUCACUCGAAAAGUAACAGCUUCAUUUUUUCACUCCACAGUCACGGACGUCCAAGUUUUCACUCUCCCGUCUACUCACGCAGGUGAUCAGAAAGGUGGUGCGCCGCGUGGUUGGCUCAGAGCAAAAGGACGAGGUUGGCGAGGAAUCGGGUGCCGUUGUUGCCGUAGCGCCGAGCGGCGGCGCCGUAGUGGGGAAGGGCAAGAGGCGGGGCAAACGUUCCCGGCAGGGCCACAAGGGAAAGAAGAGUCACUCGUAACGGCAGCGUCUCCCAAAGCACCCUGGUCCGCUGCCAGUGAUGUCACCACUCACUCACCCACCACACUCGAGCUUGGAGGGAAAACGAACAAAACGGGCGGCGUCCGGUCAUGUACAACAAUGGCACGUUUGUUUUUUUCUUUCUUUACACCCAAGCAGGACAAAACUUUUUCAGUUUGGCAUGAGCGAGCAUGUCCACACACCCGAAGAACCUUUUUCCGGACUGACGGGAGCGACCAAAAACGGGAUGCUCACGGAUGCUCUCAUUUUGACCAGCGGGACGCCUUACUUGGUCACGUUUCCACCGGGAACCAGACGGUGUGGUGAUGAAUUUUUUUUUUAAUUUUUAAACAACGGAUGAAACAAUCGCUUCACAAACUCGUUUAUGCACCGAUAGGAAACUUGGACUCGACGAAAAACAAGUGUGUGUGGCAAGGAGACUUCUCUGCUGUGUGUGUGUGUGUGUGUGCGCGUGGACCGCAUGUGAGGCCACUGUGUUUUUUUUUUUGUUUUUUAAUCUUUACUUCUCUCCCCUCGCUUAAUCUGAAGCACUGGAACACAUUCGGAGCGGCUGCAACAAUGAGCACAUACUUUGUCUUUGCAAUAAUGAUGAGGAGAAAAAUAAUAACGCAAAGCUUCUUUCUUGCGCUUUUUUUAUUAUUCGGAUUAUCCAUCCAUUUUGCAUAGCACGCUCGUUUGGGUAACUGGAGUUUAUCAACGCUGACUUUUGGGGAGAGAGGCGGAGGCACACCCUGGAUCGGUCGCCGGGCACAUGUCGACAAGUAUUCACACUCAUAUGGACAAUUUCAAGUGUUCGAUGAAGCUAACAUGCAUGUUUUUUUUUUUGGAAUGUGGGAGGAAGUACAUGCAAAUUUCCGAACUGUGAGGCAGUCAUGCUUACCACUAGGACACCGUGCUGCCCGACAUGAAUUUUUAUUUAACUAACACAAAAAGAGAUAAUCACAUUUUUACCUGCAUACUCCAAAUGUAUGUCUUUUUACUGGUACUUUAACACUGUUUAAAAAAAAAACAAUCAUCUUUACGUUCCUGCGUGAAGCUUUAAUUGUUUUUUUUGUUUUUUUAAACUGCAUUCGAAAAGCAUCUUUAACCUUCCCUGAUGAUUGAUAAAUCGACAUGUAUGACACCAUCACCAACAUAGCCUACACUGGAUGAUCCCGAGACAUUAUUUAAGCAAAACAAAAAUAAAUUGUGUUCAAAAUGGAAA